AUGGUCCGCAGUUUCAGCUCGACGGUUGAGGAUCGACGCAAACACUAUCGCGCAGUGGUCCCUGGAGGCCCGCGGGUGGAGGAGGCGACGGAGGAGCGGGAGGCCAUGAUGAGGGAGGCUUUGAUGACCUUCGCCAUCGCUGCCACACCGACAAUCUUGAGUUUCAGGACAGCCGUGUGGCAGUGGCACCCAAGCCAGGUCUGCUACCGGGGCAGGGCCUCCGCGUGCCUGCAGAGCGCGAGCUUCUUCUCCCGGGGCAGCGUGGGCGAGAGGCUGCGCGCGAGCGCCGCCGCCGCGGGUCCCGCGGAGGGCCUGCGGCAGGCGACGUCGGCGCACCCGCAGCUGGCCUGGGCUGGCCAGGAGAGCGACUACGCCGUGGUGGCGCCGAUGGAGCCCUACGGGGACGGCCCCGAGGAGCUCAGCCUCACGACCUUCGCGGGCGAGCGCUACGUUCUCCGCCGCAGCGGCCCGGGCCCCCAUGAGCUCCACGUCGCGCAGUCGUGCUGGUCGGCCACGAACAGCCCGCACGAGUGCUGUAGUCCAGGCUCGGCGGCGCGCUGCUGGCACAGCAGCGAGCACUGGAGCCACUGCUGCGGCCAGGGCGUCACCUCGUUUGCGGAGCACACGUGGAACGUGGUGUACGACAUCUACGUCAGCAUCUCCGAAGGCAUGGGGGACGGCCAGCUGCAGCAGUUUCAGUCGCUGCUGCCAGGGUUCCGCGUGGACGAGGGCGCGUGGGACCGCAAGAGGCUCCGCUGGAGAAUCGGCGGCGAGCAGGUCUCGCCCUACUGCCAUUCUCGGGGCAGCGGCAACCAGGUAGAGGAGACUGGGUCGAUCCUGACGUCUCUGGUUGCGAUGCUGGCGGCCACUGGAGCGGGCCUCAGUCGCACAUUCGUCAACGUCGGCGCUGGCACGUGCAGGCCGCCAGACCCGAUGUACGACCUGCUGCAUUCCGAGAGGGGCCGCGGCUUCCGGGGCCUCGCGGUGGACGCCAACAGCGACGAUCUUGCCGAGUGCCCUAAGUCGCUGGCGAACGCCACCGCGGACGUCAGGCCGGUGCUGCUCGCCGUGGAGCCGGCGACGGUGGGCGACCUCCUGACGCCGCACCUCCGCGGCCUCUUCUCGGGGGAGUCGCGAGGGGCACCCUUCCCCCUCGACAUCCUCGUCGUCGACAUCGACGGCUGCGACUGCCUUGUCGCAGAAGAUCGAUCUUGCGGGUGGCCAGGCCCAAGUUGCUCAUGCUGGAGAUCACCUUCCACAUCCCGCCGCCCUUCCGCUUCUCCGCCCAGCACAGCAGCGCUCGCUCCCGCGGCUGGCUGGAGCGGUACGACGUCCGGCAGUUCAAUCCCGCCGGCGGCUGCUCCCUGAGCUACGCGCUGCACCACCUGCGACCGUACGGCAUGCACCUCCUGCGGCUGACGCACAACGACGCCAUCUUCGUGCACGAGUCCGUGGGCCCGCUGCUCGAGGGGCCCUUCCAGGUGCGGCUGCCCCAGGACGAGUUCGCGUGCUACCGCCGGAGCCACUUCUGGCUGCAGAUGCCGGUGGCCCGCGUGCGGGAGUGGUUCUUCUCGGCGCACCCGGCGGACUCGUUCGACAGCAUUUGGGGGAACAUCUCCAGGGUGAACGAGGAUGCAGCUCCGGCCGGGCGCCCCCUUCUCCCUGGACUUCUAGCGCUCGGCUGCGGGAGACCCGGCGCGCCGAGGUGGCCCCGAGCUAGCCAAGGGCGGGAAGCAAGAUAGCCCCCUCGAGGGCUGAGUUGCGCUGAAGAUAGCCCCUUCGAGGGGCAGCGGAUCGGGCGGGCGGGCGUCGCGCUGGAAACAAAAAGUCCCACCAAAGAAUGCUCUACGGAUUUUCUGUGGUCUGCACGGACUGUUCGCAGAACACUUCUGGCCGAGACUGUCUUGCUGUCGCACCUCGGGCUUCUGCUCUGGGAGCACUGAUAUGUUCUCAGAACACCUCUGGGUUCCAGGACCAUGUCGUGGCAGGCCGAAGGAACUGCCGGGGCAGUCUGUCCCUGCUCGGCCAAGGGCGCCGGGGGGGGGGGACCCUGGUGGCCCCGUCGCAGAGUGCCCGGCGGCGCAGCGCAGAGGUGGGUCUGCUUGGGAGCCGCGCGCGCGCGAGCAGGUCAGAGAUCGGGCAGGUGAACGUUGUUGAUGCCC